GAUAUUCAUGUCGAUGAAAAUUCAAGACACAUUUUACAUAUCCCAUGGACCCCCUUCUUUGUGUAUCGAAGAACAAUGUAUUCCUCUAGUGCAUUUCCUCCAAUCCUUCCAACAAAAGGUGCACCCUAUUCGCCCAUCUUCCAUCCUUCUUAUCUCCGGCCACUUUGAGACUUCGUAUCCGACGGUCAACGCCGUCUCCAACGGCCCAUCCGAUACCAUAUAUGAUUUUGAAGGUUUUCCCGAAUGUCUGAACGAGCUCAAGUAUCCGGCACCAGGAGCUCCAGAACUUGCUAAGAGAGUCAAGGAGCUUCUCAUGGCUUCCGGGUUCGAGAGGGUUGACGAGGAUGAGAAUCGGGGGCUUGACCAUGGUGCGUGGUCCCCACUAAGGCUUAUGUAUCCAGAGGCGGAUAUUCCAGUUUGUCAGUUGUCCAUUCAGACGGACAAAGACGCCACUUACCAUUAUAACAUGGGUAAGGCGUUAGCACCACUUAAAAAUGAAGGAGUGCUUAUUGUAGGUUCGGGUGGGACCACCCAUAACUUGGAAAAGGUGCGAUUUGACACCAAUGUGGUGCAACCUUGGGCUCAAGAGUUUGAUACAUGGCUCAAAGAGGCACUAGUUGAUGGAAGGUAUGAAGAUGUUAACAAGUACAAGGAGAAGGCUCCACAUGCAACCAUGGUGCACCCAACGCCUGAUCAUUUCUACCCGUUGCAUGUCGCGAUGGGUGCGGCAGAUGCGAAUUCCAAAGGCCAGCUUAUCCACCAUAGCUGGGGUUGGUCUUCUCUUUCCUAUGCUACGUAUAAAUUCAUGGUCCCGUUGAACUAGCAUUUUGAAUGACAAUUCGUAUUCCUAUUUUACACGGGUUAUAAUAAAAUAUUCUCUUUGUCUAUGUUUGAACCGGUGAUUGUUAAUAAAUUACCAAGUGGGUUAGCCUGUUAGCCUCACAUUGGCAACUUUCUAUUUUAACACGUGGUGUGAUUGUUCAAAACUUUAAUAAAUAUGACCUUUUUAGCC